CUCUCUCUCCUGUUCUUAAGCAGUUGGAUCUGUGUGGCAGCAGUCAGCCUUCUCUCAGCUCCUUCUCUUUGACACAACCACUGUCUCAUCUUCCCCCUACGGAUGGAGCUCCCAGCACCAGUGACUCCCAGCUCCAGUCGUUCCUCAGUGCUCCGUUUCUUCAGGAGCCUAGUAGGGGGCAAAAGCAGUCAUCAAGACCCUGACCAGACCCUGGUCUUGGGCAGAAGCCAUAGCCUCCGGGAACAGGAUGUCAUCCCACUGAUGGGGAAGCAAAAUACCCCAGGGCCUAGUCAGGAGGAACUGGUUCUGGAGGCCAAGAUGCCCCAUACCCUCCACCUGUCAAGACCCAAGGGUUCUCAUCACCCAUCUCAGAUGGAUGUUGCAGGACUGGGAAUGGGGGACUCUGGCACCCAUUCUCCAUCAGAGCUCCAAGAGGAUGGAAUUCAGGGCCCUGAGGAGAAGCAGGCACUGGUGGUUGUAGGACAGGACCUACCCAUUGACCUUUUGGAGAAAGAGAAAGAGGAAGAAGCUGGAGAAGCCUCAGGCGAUAUGGGGACUAUGGGCAGAGGGCCUUUUGGCCAGGCCAUGUAUGGGGAAGAUGAAAACCUCCCGAUGGCCAUGGGGUCCCUGGAGAUCAGCCCAGAGGCCUUCAAAGCAGAAGAAGAGAAGGAGUGUCUACUCCAGAAAGACCUUAGAUUGGGCUCAGCAAAAGCUGAGGGAACCCCAUGGAAUCGACUCCUCAACAUGUACAAGCAGCUUCGGAAGCCAGCAGCAACUAAGGAAACCCUGACCCAUCAGAAGAAUGAGGAGGAUGGAGCAGUAGAAGAGGAAGAGGAAGUAGAGGAAGAAGAGGGCAAUUCUUUCAGUCUUAGUGUCCAUGGUUUUGCCACUCUCCAGUCACCAUUACACAAGACUUUCAAAUCUACAGACACAGUGGGCUUUGUGGAAACUGAGCUAAAGAAACUGCUGUCAGUUCAGAGAGAGUCCCGACUCUGGAAAACAGGUGGCCAGGAAGGUAGAGAACUUUUAAUCCAGCCUGAAGUCACUCUGGAAGAAGCAGGCAUUGUGGAUGGCCAGCACCUGCUCCUGGAAGAGAUGGAUGAAAUGGGAAAUUGGCCCCCAGGCUGAGACCUGAUGGUGGUUCUACUGAGUCUGCUCUCUCCCUCUACAGACACCUCAGAUGGGGGAGGAAUUGAGGUGGACAGGAUGUCCCUCUCUCCAUCUGGCACUUUCAUGAAGAUGGUGUCCUGGGUUGGGUUAUUACCUCAUGUCUAUGUGAUGGGCUUGGGUGGCACAGUCUGUUUGUUCUCCCAUUUGGGGCAUAUGACUGCCAUUGCUGGUAUUCAUACCCAGAAGGUGCCCCUCACUGAGCAGACUCAAGUCACUACUAUUAAAAAUAGUUUGGCUUUGCAUAUCA